AACAAACAAGAUUAUGAGUUGGGUUUUUACAUUUGCAUGUAAUAUUGUUCGACUUUGUGCAUUCACAAGCUCUAUAAUCUACACCUGUUGAUAAACAAAAUAUACAUAUGAGAUGAGAUAUAGCUUUUAAAAACUAGGAAAAAUUGUUGCAAAUUCCGAGUUGAUUUUCUCUAUAAUAAAAAUUGUUUAUUGACCAAAAACAGUGUUACUUUUAUUAUUUUCCUUUUUCCCACUAAGAUAUGUGAGUAACGAAGCACUAAAAUCAAAUUCUUUUCCAACUUUACUUAUUUUCUAUUAAAUUUUCCUAACCCUACUAUAUUUGUAUAUAAGUAUAGAAGAGAGUCAAGAGAAGAGAAUCCUACCAUAGAGUUUCAACAGUUGGUUUAAGUUACAAGUCUCGUCACACAAACACACGUCUCUCCCAAGUACUAACAACCAAUCAUCUCAAACCUAACUUCUCUUCUCCGUUGGAUUUCUUGAGAACUCUCUCUCUCUCUUUCUGAGUAUCUUCAAAGAAACUUCAAGAACAUGUCUUCCAUGUUGGGUUGUUCUAGUGGCACCGUAGCGAUCGCAACCGCCAUGGUUUUCUCGAGCACUGCUCUCUUUCUCGCGAUGGCUCGUCAGUUCCACGGGAAGAUUCAUGAUCAGACGCCACCGCCACCAACCCUCCGUUCUUGCUUAUCUUCAGAGGAAACGAAGAAACAGAGGAGGAAGAAGAAGAAAGUUAGCUUCGCGGGGAAUGUGAAAGAUACGAAAGGGAACGGGAAAGAUUACCGGAGGAGGGAACUGAGCAGGAGAAUCGUACCGGAGCCAGUGACUAAUAAACCGGGGAAGACCGGUUCAGUUUGUGGAAUAUCGACGAUGCCAGCGAACCGGGUGGCUCUGUAUCAUGGGAUUCUCAGAGACAGAGAUCACAGAACUCAAUGCUCUUAUUGACUUUUCUUCGUUGACCAAACAAGUCAAUAUAGGUUUUGCGUUUGUAAAUUUUCCGGUCAUAUACUUUUUCAUGGAACAUUCAGGAACGUAGUAGGUGGUUGUCUUCUCCUUUUUGAUUCAUAGUAGUAGGUGGCGUUCUUGCUCUCUACUUUUCUAGUUUUUUUGUUACAAAAUCAAAGCGGUGAUGUAAAUUAAUGACCUGUAAAAAUUACAUAAUUGAUAUUCAUUGUGGUAAAACUUUGGUUUCUUUGGUUAACCUUGUAUUGAUUGUGUUAAAAAUUAUAAUCACAUUGAGAGGGUAACAACAUAGGUCUUUUAUUUUGUUAGUAAAAGCCAAUAAACAAAGUGUAACAAUUUUUUUUUAACUUAAAACCUAGAAACAGUUGAAACA